GAAGUUCAUUUCAGAGAAAACGAAACUUAUAAACUUCUCCUUCUCUCUCUCUCUCUCUCUCUCUCUCUCCUUCACCCACACACACUCUCUCUCUCUCUCGCAGGAAAAUGGCAGAGGCCAGUAUUUCAGUAGAUCAGGAUCAGUUCAGCUGUCCAGUGUGUCUGGAUUUUCUGAAGGAUCCAGUGACUCUCCAUUGUGGCCACAGUUUCUGUAAGGUGUGUAUUAAUGGUCACUGGGAUCAGGAGGAUGUCUACAGGGGCGUCUACCACUGCCCCCUGUGUAGAGAGACUUUCACUCCAAGGCCUGUUCUACGCAGGAACAACAUGCUGACUGAAGUGGUGGAGAAACUGAAGAAGACUGAACUCCAAGCUGCUUCUCCUGCUCACUGUUACACUGGACCUGGAGAUGUGGAGUGUGAUUCCUGCACUGGGAGAAAACACAAAGCCGUCAAGUCCUGUCUGGUUUGUUUGGCCUCCUAUUGUGAAGAUCAUCUUAAACCUCACUAUCAGUCUCCUGCCUUUAAGAAGCACAAGUUAGUUGAAGCCUGUGCAGAGCUCCAAGAGAAGAUCUGCUCUGAACAUGACAAACUGAUGGAGAUCUACUGUCAUACUGACCAAAGCUUCAUCUGUUACUUGUGUACGAUGGAAAAACACAAAGGUCAUGAGACUGUUCCAACUAAAACAGAAAGAACUGAAAAACAGAAUGAGCUAAAGGAGGAGCAGAUAAAAUUCCAGCAGAGGAUCCAGGAGAAGGAGAAGAAGGUGCAGGAGCUGAAACAGACUGUGGACAUUAUUAAGAUACGUUCACAGGCAGCAGUAGAUGACAGUGAGAGGAUCUUCAGUGAGCUGAUCACCUCCAUGAAGAAAAAGCGCUCUAAGAUGAUGAAGCUGAUCAGAGAUCAGGAGAAAGCUGACCUGAGUCGAGCUGAACGACUCCUGAAUCAACUGGAGCAGGAGAUUGCUGAUCUUAAGAGGAGAGUCACUGAGCUGGAGGAGCUUUCACACACACACGAUCACAUCCACUUCCUCCAGAGUUUCCCGUCUCUCUGUGUCUCUCCUGGAUGUGAAGACUCACCCAGCUUCACUGUCAAUCAACAUCUCUCAUUUGAUGGAGUGAGGAAAUCUCUCUCAGAUCUGAAAAAACGAGUCGAGCAAAUCUGUGAGGAGGAAUUCAACAAAAUCCGUCCACAAGUUGUAGCAGUUCAGAUGAUUUUACCCUCAGAACCAAAGAGCAGAGAAGAUUUAGUGAAGAAGUAUUUCUGUUAUCUGACUCUGGAUCCAAACACAGAACAUCCUCAUCUCAUUCUGUCUGAGAAGAACAGAGUGGUGACAUGCAGCAAGACAAAACAGCGAUACUCUGAUCAUCCAGAGAGAUUUGACUACUGGUCUCAGGUGUUGUGUAAGGAGAGUGUGUGUGGACGCUGUUACUGGGAGGUGGAGUGGAGCGGUGUUGGUGUGUACAUAUCAGUCUUGUAUAAAGAGAUCAGCAGGAAAGGACGGGGUUAUGAGUGUGCGUUUGGACUCAACAGUCAGUCCUGGAGUCUGGAGUGUUCUUCUUCCUCUGUCUGUUUCUGGCACAACAACAUUAAGACUGAGCUCCGAGGUCCAGCAUCCUCCAGAAUAGGAGUGUAUGUGGAUCACAGUGCAGGAACUCUGUCCUUCUACAGCGUCUCUGACACGAUGAGGCUCCUCCACAAAGUCCACACCACAUUCACUCAGCCUCUAUAUGCUGGAUUUUAUAUAUAUUAUAACUCACCUGUGAGGUUAUGUGAUCCAAAAUGAAAUGUGUGAAAUGUGAGGUGUGAGAUUUAAUUUCUCCCUGAGCUACACUGGUCAUUUUGUGUACAGAAACUGGAACAGUAAUGAAUGCAGAAUGUAGGAUGUUUCUAGAAAGAAGAAAUGUUCUCAAACUGACCAUUUAACUGUAUGCACUAUUAGGAGGAUUUAUUAUCCUGAUAUGAAACAUUAUGUCCUAGAAAAUUCUGUUUUUCUUUGUCAUAUUCUGCUGCGUCUUCCUGUGCUGCUGCUGGUGGAAACACAUCCUAUUGUGUAAAAGACAUUUAUUAUAUUAGAUCUUAUUCCCUGUUAAACUCACAAAACUGCCAGUGAGCACGUCAACCACCACGUCUGUUUCUGCUGACGUCUUUUGUUUACCUACACUGUAAAACCUAACAGUGAAAUCCGCUAAAUGAAACUUUUUAAUUAAUUAAUUAAAAAUUAAACUUAAUUAAACUUUAAAGUUAAUUAAACUUUUUUUUUAAGUUAAUUUUACUGUAACUCAGUAACUAAUUAUUUUAAACAGAACUCAAACUGAAUGAGUUAUUAAUUAAUUAGUUAUAAUUUAUGUGUUAACUCUAAUGGUUUAAGUUAAAAUAAUUUAUUUAAUCUAGUUUAUGUCAAGAGCAUGCAAAAUAAUAAAUAAAAAUAUAUUCAAAAGAUAUUACAAACAAGUACACUUAAAAUAAAGUUUUUUUUAUUGCCAUUAGUGGUUCCCAGAAGAACAAUGUAACACCCCUGGAACCUUACAUUCUACAAAAGGUUAUUUAAUUUAAUAAAAUUAUUAUUUUAAGUACUGUUCACUGAAGGGGCAUCAAUGCAAUAAACCCUUAUUUGGAACCUUUGUAAA